AUGUAUCGAAAAGAGCAAGAAACAUUGCGUCAAAUAGCAAAAGCAAGCGACGCUAUUAGACGAAAACAUCGCUUACUUAAAAUGGGUAAAGAGGCUGCAGAGACAUUGUUAAAAGAAACUCUGCAACCAAUAGUUACACCUCUUCAAAAGUUGGCAAAUGUAACUGAAACUCCUUUCAAAAAUGUUAAAAUUGAAAAAUUCAAGAAAGAUAUUAAUGAUUUCUCUUUUUCAACUGCUGUUGACGAUGAUGAAGAAUUUGAUAAAACUUUACUAAAUUCAACUUUUCUUGAUAAGAAUACGGUUUAUGGAGUACGUAAACUUGCCAACGGUUCUUUUAUGAUUGGUGAUACACCUAUUGAAUUUGAAGGUUCACAUAUUAAGCUUGUUGGAAAGAAAAAUUAUUUAAAAACUGCUGGGUUACUCGAACUAUUAUUUAAACAAAAACCAAAAGAAGCUUUAAUAAGUUCAGAUGAUUUUUUAAAUUACAAAGAAAUUCUCAUUGCUACGAAUGCACAUCGAAAAAAUUAUAGUCCAAGUGAAUCUGUCAACAUAAGUAGAACUUCCAAGUACACUGAUGUUAUUGCAAAACUUAUCAAAAGUACACCAAAGAAAAGUGGUGGUGGUGGUGACUACAUCUAUUGGGAUGAUCCAAAUGAACUCGUUGACCGUUUACGACUACUCAUAGGAUCACAGCAAGCUGGUAAUCCAAGUCAUAAUAAUGAGAUUAUGUCAAUUAUCGAAGAACUUCGUGAAGCUCGAAUUAUAUAUUAA